CUUAAAGCAAGCGCCUGUGCCACCUGGGUGCAUAUCCCUUCCUCACUUGCAAGACGGGCUUUGCCCUGUAUCUGCUAAUACGUAAAUUUCUGGGUCUUGCUUCUUGUUACGCGGUACUGAUAAGUGGAUCAACCCGUGGGCUGUUGUUUCCUGGCACUUGUGUCCUUCGUGAUUAAUCAGGAAUGGAUAAGUUGGUUUUCCGUCCAUACAAAAGGCCAAAUGCUCUCUAUAGGCUGAUUUGCUUUCCCUGGGCUGGAGGUAACAGUUCUUUCUUUGUUCGAUGGGGCGAAGCCUUCAGCAGCACAAUUGAAGUGUCCAUUAUAAGGCUUCCUGGAAGAGAAUGUCGUGAUAAGGAGCCUUUUGCAAAAGACAUGGCAGAAAUAGUUAAUGAAAUUACAAGUGUUUUGUUAAAAGAUCUGCAAGAAAAACCGUUUGCAUUUUUUGGCCACAGUUUUGGAUCUUAUGUUAGUUAUGCACUUGCAGUACACUUGAAAGAGGAGUAUGGACUAGAGCCGGCCCAUCUUUUUCUCUCAGGGGCAUAUGGCCCACAUACUGAAUAUUUUCAUCUGAUGAAAAAAAUCGAUGAAAUAGAAGAUAGUCACAUUCUUCAAUAUUUAGAAAAGUUAGGAGGAACUUCUCCUGAGCUUCUGCAAAAUGAACAAAUCAGCAAACGUUUGCUACUUACUUUAAAAGAAGACCUGAAAAUUAUUCAGACGUAUCCUUUGCAUGAUAUAAGAAGGAAAUACUUCACUUGCGAUGUUAGCUGCUUUAACGGGUCUGAUGAAACAAAUCAUGGUUCAGAAGCCUGGCUUGCUCUAACCAGUGGAGAUGCUUCCAUUUACAAUCUUCCUGGAACUCACUUUUAUCUCAUGGAGCCUUCUAAUGAAAAUUUCUUGAUAAAACACAUAACCAAAUGUAUAGAAAAUACUGGCAUAUGAGUAUUUCCCUCUAUUUUAAUAAUAGAAGGUGUAAGAUAACUCCACAGAACUUAAUAAUUAAGUCAUUCUUUCUGUUAAAUUGCAUUCAG